AUGUCAGUCUCUUUAGAUGAUAUUUCUUUAAAUGUUUUGGGAGAGUACUGUGUUUUGUGUAAUGUUUGGAUUGCAGGUAACGCAGUACAACACGUAAGUGGGGAGAAACAUCAAAAAUGGAGUGAGGCCGCACGGACGCUCUUUCGUAGGACAGCGCCUGCAGCAUGUGUUUUGGCAGCCACGCUACUUUUAUAUGAACUUAAAAAAGAUGUACGAGAUCAUUACUGUGUUCGUUGUUGUCAUCCUGUUGGAGGUGGAUUUCGCCAAGCUGUGCAGCAUAUUGGCAGUAAACAUCAUGCCAAACGUCAAAUGCAUCCACCCCGUGCGAGUCAAUCUGUUGUGCAUGAUAGACCAUCGCAUUUGUGUGAUCUCGUUCACGAAGUUAUUUGUCCUUUGUGUGACUGUGUGGUUCCUACACAACCGGAGAGACACCUGUUGUCUGGGAGGCAUCAACGAAACUUGCAAAAUGUAUCUUCUUGCGAGAGUCAAAUGCAGGUUGUGAUGGCACGAAGGGAAAUGUGGUGUGAGUCACUACUUUUAUUAAAGGGAAAUAUAUGUUGCUCCUGUGUUGAAUACAUUCCUACCGAAAAUAUCAUGUCACACUUUACUUCCCCACAUCACAAAACGUCAGCAGCGUCCACAGCAGCUGCGUUGAAUUCUUCAAAUUGUGUGAAAAAGGAGAAUGUGGGAAACCUGCACUACUUGCUAGAGUGCGCCCAUCAAUUUACUGUGGAGGGUUAUUGUGCUGUUUGUGAUCUCAUCCUGAGGUCGACAUCAUCCUCAACACUAGCGCACCACAAACAGGAAAAACGCCAUAACAUGCAAUUACUGCGUGCACGUCGCGAUCCGGUGGCAUCACUGGAGUUGUGGCAAUUACGUUUGACGGCUGCUGCAGAGAAGCAUGAAAAACGGGUUCGCGAAACCAGCACGGAUAUGGUGGACCCUACGGCACUAACAACCACCACACCCCGUACUCCUGAGUGUGAUGCUAUUUCAAAUAAGAUAGAGGAUGAUCAUUGCUUGGACCCAAAGUUAGUACGUGAUGCUAUUCUUAACGCACCCUUGCUCUUUUUUUUCGUUAACGGACGAUGUAUUCUGUGUGAUAUGGAUGUGGUACCACAAUGUACACAUUUAAUUGCAUCGUCGAUAUGCAAGAAACAUUGUAGUACACCAAAGCAUAAAUCUGCUCUUGAAUUAUUUUUGAGUAAACAUAAAAUAAGAGAUGCCGCAAAUGUGGAGACAAUGACAGAAGCAGGAGCAGCAGCAACAACAGUAGAAUGGGCAGCUCGCUGGUAUGAAGCGGUGUUUCGUUCUUUGCGUGAAAAUCCAUUGUGGCAGGAACCUGCCGAAACCGAGAGGUUUCACACAUAUGAUGAUUUUAUAGAGUUAAUUCAAGAUGAAAAACAGUCUCUUGUGUUUACUGAUGCUCUCUGCGCCAGUGUCACUCCUUCUGGGAUUACAUAA